GUAUUUUGUCAAUAGAUGGCAGCAACGUACACUAUCUGCGAGGGCAUCAUCUGCCAGGGAACCAACGAAGAAGAGGGACUAGUCCGCCACAGCCGAGAACUGCCGCAAACGCCGGAGAAGAAGACGACCACGACGAAGAAGAAGGAUGUCGAGAAUGCUCAACGGAAAAUAGAGGAGACGGCGGAUUGAGCAGUAAACGAGACUAUAACGCUGUUACUGCGACAUAUUACUGUUCACAAUAGCUGCAUUACAUUGACUAAAGUAUGACAGAGCCUCAAUCAGCGCUGUUACUCAGGAGACAGCUCGCAGAGCUGAAUAAAAACCCAGUAGAGGGAUUCUCAGCAGGCCUGAUUGAGGAUAAUGAUCUGUACAGAUGGGAAGUACUUAUCAUCGGUCCACCAGACACACUUUAUGAAGGUGGUGUGUUUAAAGCUCAUCUGACAUUUCCCAAAGACUACCCUCUCAGGCCACCUAAAAUGAAAUUUAUCACAGAUAUUUGGCAUCCUAAUGUUGACAAGAAUGGCGAUGUAUGUAUUUCUAUUUUACACGAACCCGGGGAAGACAAGUAUGGCUAUGAAAAACCUGAAGAGCGUUGGCUUCCCAUCCAUACAGUUGAAACUAUCAUGAUUAGUGUUAUCUCCAUGCUGGCAGACCCAAAUGGUGACUCGCCAGCUAAUGUGGAUGCAGCGAAAGAGUGGCGGGAGGACAGGCACGGGGCGUUUAAAAGAAAAGUGGCACGCUGUGUACGGAAAAGCCAAGAGACUGCAUUUGAGUGAUAUUUAGCAAGAAUCUAGAUUCAUAUUUUCAGGGUCUCCAAUUGAAAGUCAACAUGGCACUGUUUCCUGCACUCUUCCACCAUAUUGCCAGCCUCGUCGUCCUCUUAUUUUGGCAGGAAGACUGUGACUGGCUCCUCUCAGCUGCAAUAGAACAUUAUACCGUGACCACCACAGCUGACAGACAACCGCCGAGCAAGUGCCAAGUGAAAAUGGAAAAAAAAACAAAAAAACAUUUUGCAAGUCUAUGAACUGCUUCAACAUUCAGGAAGAUAUUGUAAAGACAUGUAUAUAGCACAGACUAAACCGGAUAAUAUACAGUUCCGCUCAGAGGUUUACAUACACUCAUUAUGGAAAUGAAUGUCAUAUACAUUAAGGAACCUUAAUGAUUUAUUUGAACCGUGUUUUUUUCUACCGUGGAAUGAUUAUAUAACAUACAGUCAUGGAAACAAUGAUGAGAGCACCCUUGAUUCUUCAGUUUAUUGAUCCAUUUGAAUGCCUGGUACAACUAAAGGUACAGUUGUUUGGACAAAUAUAAGAAUGAUAAGUAUAGCUGAGAAGAGUUGAAUUUAAGAGCUGAUAUCUAGCAACUCCCAUGCUUUUCUUGACAACCAUCACUUAAGUUCUUGCAUGAAUAGCUAUAGCAUUGUACUGCCAAAAAAUUAACUCUUGUGAGCUAUUUUUGUUGUCAUUGUUAUAUUUGCCCAAACAAAGGUACCUUGGGUUGUAUCAGGCAUUAAAAUGAACAAGAAACUGAAGAUUCAAGAGUGCUCUCAUAAUUUUUUCCAUGACUUAGUCAUCAGUGAUUUUUAAAAUAUGUAAAUCAUACUUUAAUGUCCCUUAGCAAGUUUCACCUCAACCAGACGCUUUUUGUGUCCAUCAGCAAGCUUCUGGCUGGAUAUUUGACCACUGUUUGGGUCUUUUUCCACCUUGGCUAAGUGUUCACAAUCUGCAGUUGUUUAGAAAAAUGGCUCCAAAAGACUGUCAGCUUGUGUGAAUCUGCAGUUUUCCUAUGUAAUCCCUGGGAUUCACUAUCGAGUGCUGUCAAAGAGACACCAUCUGCUGCAGUCAUCAGUCAUCGCAAAGGAGAAAUGUAUAGAUCUUGUCAAUGGAGAAGAGAUAUACAGGAGCACCAUUUUAUUAUAAGAUUUAGGUGACUAUAUGCAUAUGCCCCUGUGAUCACGAUUGACUGCGGCUCGUAGUGUCUCUUGGGCACAUGUAUAUAUCCGAACCUGUGUAAAUGAGAGAAAAUCCAAGAUAAAUUCAAAAUCUUGCACCCAUUUCCUGUUUUCUAUCAUUCCAUCCUGGAAAAUUAACAAAAUCAUUCAGGCCCAAAAUAAAAAGACAUUGUAGCCCAUGAUGAGUGUAUGCAAACUUCUGAACUGUAUAACCUCUGUCUCCAUACAUCACAAACCUAGAGUAAAUGAAUAGCGCUAGCUCA